AUGAGAAAACUACAAUUGAUAGACUGUGACUCCUACAAAGUGGUGUUGAUCUUUGAUGGUCUGGAUGAGUGUCGACUUCCUCUAAAUUUCCAGAAGAAUGAGAGAUUGUGUGAUGUGACAGAGUCAGCCUCAGUGGAUGUGCUGCUGACAAACCUCAUCAAGGGGAAUCUGCUUCCCUCUGCUCUCCUCUGGAUAACCUCUCGACCAGGAGCAGCCAAUCAGAUCCCUCCUGAGUGUGUAGACCAGGUAACAGAGGUACGAGGCUUCAGUGAUCCUCAGAAAGAGGAGUACUUCAGGAAGAAGAUCAGUGCUCAGAGCCUGGCCAAUAAAAUCAUCACACACAUGAAGUCUUCAAGAAGCCUCUACAUCAUGUGCCACAUCCCAGUCUUCUGCUGGAUUUCAGCCACUGUUCUACAGAGAAUGUUGGGUGAAGCAGAGAGUGGAGAGAUCCCCAAGACUCUGACUGAAAUGUUCACACACUUCCUGAUCUUUCAGAUCAAACACAAGGACCAAAAGUACCAUCAGAAAUGUGAUCCAGAUCCUCAGCAGACCCGAGAGAGUAUCCUGGCACUGGGAAAAUUGGCUUUCCAACAGCUGGAGAAAGGAAACCUGAUCUUCUAUGAGGAAGACCUGAGAGAGUGUGGCAUUGAUGUCAGAGAAGUGUCCGUGUACUCAGGAGUGUGUACCCAAAUCUUCAGAGAGGAGUUUGGGCUUCACCUGGGGAAGGUGUUCAGCUUUGUACAUCUGAGUGUUCAGGAGUUUCUGGCUGCUUUAUAUGCAUUUCUGUCCUUCAUCAGCAGAAAUGUAACAAAACAACAAACCACUGAUCUGUCUGAUCUUUUCAGAAAGUCGAACAUGUCUGAUUUCCUCAGGAGUGCAGUGGACAAGGCCUUACAGAGUGAGAAUGGACACCUGGACCUGUUCCUCCGCUUCCUUCUGGGUGUCUCACUGGAGUCCAAUCAGACUCUCUUACGAGGCUUAAUGCCACAGACAGGAAGCAGCUCUCACCGCAAACAGGAAACAGUCGAGUACAUCAAGGAGAAGAUCAGGGAGAAUCCAUCUCCAGAGAAAUCCAUCAAUCUGUUCCACUGUCUGAAUGAACUGAAUGAUCAUUCUCUAGUGCAGGAAGUACAAACUUACCUGAACAGAGGAGGUUACAAUCGUCUCAGUGGAACGAGACUCUCUCCUGCUCAGUGGUCAGCUCUGGUGUUUGUGUUACUGAACUCAGAACAGGAGCUGGAUAAGUUUAAUUUGAGUAAAUAUGACCCAUCAGAAGAAUGUCUUCUGAGGCUGCUGCCAGUGGUCAAAGCCUCCAGAAAAGCAGAGCUGUGGGAGUGUAAUCUGACAGAGGAAAGCUGUAGAGUUCUGUCCUCAGUUCUCAGCUCAAACUCCUCCAGUCUGAGAGAACUGAACCUGAGUGUCAAUAACCUGCAGGAUUCAGGAGUGAAGCUGCUCUCUGCUGGACUGGAGAAUCCACACUGUACACUGGAGAUACUGAGGCUGUGUGACUGUAAUCUGACAGAGGAAAGCUGUAGAGUUCUGUCCUCAGUUCUCAGCUCAAACCCCUCCAGUCUGAGAGAACUGGACCUGAGUAACAAUAAACUGCAGGAUUCAGGAGUGAAGCUGCUCUCUGCUGGACUGGAGAAUCCACACUGUACACUGGAGAAACUGAGGAUGCGUAACUGCAGUAUUACAGAUGAAGGUUGUGCUGCUCUGGCUUCAGCUCUGAGGUCAAACUCCUCAUCACACCUGAGAGAACUGAAUCUGUACUAUAAUAAUCCAGGAGAAUCAGGAGUGAAGCUGCUCUCUGAUCUACUGAAGGAUCCACACUGUAAACUGGAGACCUUACUAAUUAAGGAUUGUAAACUCAUCAGGACUGGCGUAUGACAGGAGUUUCACCUCAAACCUCUUUUCCAGGAUAAAGCAAUUUUGGUGAAGCGUUAGAACCCGUCCCACAUUUCCAGCAGUUUGGGAGCUGAAUCAUUCAUAUUCAGAUGUAGAAGUUGUUAUUUUUAGCUCCAUGUUUUUAUCUAUUUUUUUUUAGUGUGUUUCUGCUCAACAGGGAUUCAUUCGGUUUGUUGUAACAUGACAGUGAAUUUUUUUCUCCACAGAUGAUGGAUUAAAUCACAACUAUAAAUCAUUUUUUUCUCAUUUUUUGUUAAACUUCUGUUCAUUGUUUGCUGGUGUGUUUUUAAAGGACAAUUCUGGCAUAAAACUAGAAUUUAAUAUAUUAAUUGUCAUGGUGUGGGUGUUCGUGCAAUUAAAUGAGAAGAGACGACAUGCGAGCUGGAUGCUGAAGCCAUGAACUGGCUAACUUUAUUUUCUGAACAACCCACAAGCCAAAAAAAAACUCUGAUCUCUUAAAGGGGAAAACCUUACAAACACCGUAUGUGAAUUCUGUCACAUCUUUAAACAUAAGUCGCCACAAUGGUGUGUAGUAUUCUGUUGCAAGGGAUUGUAUUGCUUACUGUCUGUUUUAGCAGAAUUCAAGCAAACCUAAGUAAUCAUGUAAUCAUGCUAGCAUUACAGUAGCUAAAUGUGUUGUUGCUAACUUAACUUAUUUGACUCAGUUUAAUUUUGAAAGAUGUACAGUUACUCUCUGCUUGCCUCAUGUUUGUCUUCUUGCUGGCACAGUUCUAAAAUUUAAAUAAAAUUAUUUUAAUUGAAAAUA